AUGUCGGCCCUGAAAUCACUUCUUCGUCAGAAAAACAAAACAUGGACGGCAGAAGACAGUGAAACGUUCAAUGUCACUUUUGUUCCUUUCGAGAAGAUAUUUGACGUCGCGUUGCCCAAAGACAAGGAAGAACGCUUUCAGCGUCUUUCCGAAAGAUUUACUCAACCCGGGGAGGAUGAAUUAAAAAACUUUUCCUCGUAUUGCGACUCCUUUGCGGAAAACAACUUCCUUGUGACUUUCACGCAUUUGGAAAAUGCAACAAGAGAGGAUAGUGAUCCUAUAGAGUCAAGAUUUGCCGUCUCAAGCUUCCUUAGCAUAGUCAUGGCCGGUCUUGGACUGAGUCAUCUUUCAAAGUGA